UAUUACGACUCAACACAGAAAACGAAGAAGAAGAAGAAGAAGCACGGUUGGAAGUCAGUGGCGGUUCUGUAGUCAAAUAAAUUUACGAAUAUAAUACAAAGAUAGUGGUUUUCUUCUUUCUUUAUGGAGUAAUAGUCACUGGACAAAGGCAGUAUGGCAAUGAAAUACGAGUUCGAGAGAUGGUCUUCCAAUCACCUUCAACCAAUGGUGAAGCUUCAGGAAAUGUGGAAGGAUUUCUACAUUGCAUGGCUACGGCAAGAGUUCAAACCUGAAGAAAAGCCAAUCCUCAGCGCUGAGAAUCUGGGCAUUAGUGACGUAUUUUGGGAAAUGUUGACAUUAUCAUACAAAGUGGCUGUUUUACAUAAGAGAAAGCAGCUCUCUGGAGAAACAAGUGACUCAGUCAGAGCGAUAACAAACAAAUUGGAUGAACUAUACAAGGAUGGAGCCAGCUCGAAGGACGUCAGGUACAACGACGUUGUGGCUCUCGCAACGGCUUACUGUAACAUGGCUACGGUGUACAAGAAUUAUACGGUGAAAGCACAGCUAGCUUUUGCGCUUUUCUACUUGAAGAGAUCGUUGGGACUGUUAACGGCAAGAGAGGCAGAUCGGAGCACUAUUUUGAUAGUCAUGAGAGCAUCCGUGCUCUUGAAUACUAUCUUGUGUCAUCUGAACGAGUCGGAGCUGGUGGACAAGCCCUGUCCGUUCUUAGAUACAGCAGUCACUGCGUAUCUAAAGUAUACGCAGAACGAGGAUAUGCUUCCGCCUACCACUGUAUGCCUGGUUACUCUCGACUUUGAGGACGAAGAGGAAUUAAACUCGAACGUUUCCCUGCUGGUGCUGUACUCCAAACUUCUAAGCCAAAUGCAUCGCAAAUACGUCGUUUCUCCGUGGAAUAAAAACAGCUUCAUAAAGGCCAUGCACAAUAUCGUGAAGGUGGGAGCGAUGACACAUUCGUUCCGGAACAAGAUCCCUUGGGCCUGCGGCUUGGUAGAAUUGGCCCGAUAUUUUGCACUCCAUCAUCGCUUUACCGAGAUGAGGGAUCAUCUUGCCGUGGCACAGUAUAUAAUGAACGAAUACAGGGUGGAUAGGGGCUACCUGGAGUCGUCGCAAUCGUCGCAAUCGUCGGGUCAUAGUUCUUGUGAUACCAAUGAUGACAAUUUUAAUGAGGUAUUCGGCAGUAUGGCUCAAUCGUGGGGCAUUUAUGCCAGCUCGCUCCUGCUGGCCUCGACAUACAAGUUACGAUACAAGAAAGGUCGCAAGGGCAACGGUUCGACAUCCGUGACUCUCAGAAGACGCCAAAUGUGUAAGCCGCUGUUAUUUACGGAUUUCGAGGAAACUUUCGAACACAUCACCAGUGACAUUACUGACAAGCUCGUAACGAGUGUCGAUGAUGCUGAAAAGCUUAUCGCGUUUGGUUUAAGGUGGUUCGAGACGGCAAAAGACUACUUUCUUAACACGCAAAUACCUGAAAAUAUGAUUUUUCUAGAGAUAACGAGUGAUGUCAAUAUAAUGCUUAAAUGUUUAACAUAUUAUGAGACAGACAGAUCGGAACAGAUAAAGAUACAUAGGCAACGAAUCGAUUUACUAGAGAAUGCUGGUAAGGCUUGUAAGGCGUUGACGACGAAACAAGAGAUGAACGCUUUUGCACUGACCCAUAUUCGCCUAAUGUUGGCUUAUUCUAAUCUUCUAGAUAGCCUGACAGAAGAGAUGAAAACAAAUAAUACAUCAAUUAAAACAAUGCCGGAAAUAAAGCGUUUAGUAUCUGCUAUGGGUAACAGCAAACAAAUAUUUAUAGCUGGCUUAAAAGCAACAUUAAAAAUAUUAAAUAUUAAAUCUUAAAAGCAACAUUAAAAAUAUUAAAUAUUUAACAUUAAAAAUAUUUGUAGUUGCGAAUAUUUUGUCUCGUAAGACAAUCGGAUGAUACGGAGCCAGAAGUAGAAUCGACUGAAAACUGACAGAUGUAGUGAUUAUAGUAUAAACUAAAGAUAAAUCACUUUUAACUAAGAAAUUUUCUUUCCUAAUUUACUUUGAUAUGAAACAUUUUGAUGCAGAGAUAUUUUUAUUAAGACUGUUAAGAAAUCGAGAAGACUGUAAAAUACAUGCACAUAUGUUUAGGAGAUACUUUUAAAAAUAACACGCAUUGCCUAUUUAUGUAGAUAAUUACAAAUAUAUAUAUUUUAUUAU